AUGGUGAGCAGCUCAAUGCAUCCUUAUUGGCCUCUCCAGGCCAAUCUCGUCAACUAUGUCCCCAAUACAAUGAGUGUUCCAGCCCUUUUGGGGAUAUUUGCUCUUGCAACUUUGACUGUCGUUGGUUCGACCUCGGUGUUAAUGACUGGGCAGAAGUCUAUGUUAUCUCGUCAGGACAAAGUUCUAACUGCAUGGUUUGUCUUUUCUGGAUGUAUUCACCUUAUUCUUGAGGGAUACUUUGUAUAA